AUGCAUCUAAAACCAGGAGUGACACUGGUUUUUGCAAGAGCCAGAGAAAUUCCCUACGCUCUGAAGGAUGCUUAUGCAAAGGAAAUUGACAAAAAAAUUGCAUCAGGACAUUGCAUACGCAUCGAUCACUUCGAGUGGGCCUCGAAAACUCACGUAGUCAUGAGAAAAAAUGGUAAGAUACGCAUCACAGGCAACUACAAGUCUACACUCAAUUCAAGAAUUGUUAUUGAUGAGCAUCCUAUUCCAAGACAGGAAGAUAUUUUUAACAAGAUGCAUGGGGCAAAAGUAUUCUGCCAUUUAGACAUUACAGACGCAUAUACUGCCUUAACAGUAGAUGAAAAAUUUAGUGAGGCGUUAACACUGAACACGCCAACCCACGGUCUCAUACGUCCGAGCACAGCAGUCCACGGCGCAGCAAACAUUCCAGCAAUUUGGCAACGCAAAAUUGAGUCACUCAUCAAGGAUAUCCCAGGAGUGCUCAACUUUUUUGAUGAUCUCGUGCUUUUUGCUGAUUCACUCGACAGUUUACUUCAAACUAUGGAUGUAGUGCUGACCAGGUUAUACAAGAGUAGGCUUCGCUUGAACCGAUCUAAGUGGACAUUUGCUGCACCUGCCAUUGAGUUUCUGGGUCACAAAAUUGAUGCGUCUGGUAUACAUAAGUCAGAUAAGCACAUCCAUGCAAUUUUAAAUGCACCUGAGCCUACUACACCUUAA